AUCCAGCUGUAAAGGCUCUGCAUCACAAGCGCGCGACAAAGAGAGUUUAAGAGCCACGGUGGUCGAUGGCAGCAGCAGACACGAGAGAGCUCGAGCCUGGUCACUCCAUAGGACAGAGAUGGACAGAGAGACGACCGAUCGAGCUUCUACGCAAAAUGACGCCUGUGGCUCGUCCACGUCGCCUCGUUCUCGUCUCUACGAAAUCGUAUCCUGACACCACCCACCCAAAUCCAUAGAAGAACAGAAAAGGACACGGUAAAAAGGAGGAAGGGACGGAGCGCGAGAGAGAAGCCCUGCGACAAGAAGCGCGCUACGGAAAGAUGUGAUCUUUCGUGAUAGUUUACUGAUGGUGAAUGCUAAGAUCUGUCGGUCCUCUUCGUGCAUCGUCUUGAUUUCUUUUAGCCAAAAAUGCGGGUGGAGGGAUCGUAGUUUCUCGGCAGUCGGAGUGCUAGAUUUCUUUCUACACGCAUGUUCUUCGAUCUGGUGAUUCUUUCUCUAAUGUUUUCCUCCGAGAUUCGAAGCAAAAUCUUUGGAAAGAUUUGUCUUUUCCGUUUCGAAUGCGUAGAUCGAAGAAUUGUAAUGGUGAAGAAGAGGUUAAGAAAAAUUCUCCUUCUCUAGUUGAAUCCUUCUCUGGCGCUCAAAACGGAGGAAUUUUUAGGAGAUUUUAUUGCGGUUGUUGUUAUUCGUAGCACAAAAUCUGUUGGUGUUCUCUUGGUCAGCGGGUUGGCGUUCGCCGCAAUCGCCAUGUGCUGCUGCGCCGCUUAGCUUUUCCUCCUCUCGUUCGGUGCCCAUUUCGACCUACAUUUUAGGUUUCCUUCCGCCCGAGUCGAGGUGCCACGAUGGCGAGUUGGGAGCAACUGGGGGAGCUCUCGACGGUGGCGCAGCUGACGGGCCUCGACGCCGGCCGCCUCAUCGGACUGAUCGUGCAGGCGGCGACCACCGCGCGGAUGCACAGGAAGAACUGCCGCCAGUUCGCGCAGCACCUGAAGCUGAUCGGCAAUCUUUUGGAGCAGCUUAAGAUCUCGGAGCUCAAGAAGUACCCUGAGACGAGGGAGCCCCUGGAGCAGCUCGAGGACGCCCUCCGGCGCUCCUACAUUCUCGUGGAUAGCUGUCAGAACAGGAGUUAUUUGUACCUUCUGGCCAUGGGAUGGAACAUCGUCUACCAGUUCAGAAGGGCUCAGAAUGAGAUCGAUCGAUAUCUUCGACUCGUUCCGCUCAUCACUCUCGUCGACAAUGCUCGGGUCAGAGAGAGGCUAGAUUCCAUUGCAAGGGAUGAGCGGGAGUAUACUUUGGAUGAAGAAGACAGAAAGGUGCAAGAUGCUAUUUUGGAUCGUGAUCCAUCUACAAACCAUACCACAGUUCUCGAGAAGUCACUGUCUUGUUCUUAUCCAAACAUGCCAUUUGAUGAGGCCCUUAAGAAAGAAAGACAAAAGCUCCAAAUGGAACUCCAAAGAUCACAAGUAACCAUGGAUAUUGGUCAGUGUGAGGUGAUCCAGCAUUUGAUUGGAGUGACACACAAUGUGGCUACCACUUUAGAAGAAAAAAGUACACAUCUCAAAAGUCCAAAGAAAGUUGAGCUAAGUUAUUCUGGUGACAAUAGUUACAAAGAACAUACUUUUGAUGAGAACUAUCAUGAGCAAGUUACAAAAUCAACUUAUAGAACCGGUUCACCACAUUCAUCGGGUCAUGAUAUGAUUUCACACAGAGGACUUCACGGGCAUGAAGAGUGGCAUUCAGACUUGCUUGGAUGUUGUUCAGAGCCUUCAUUAUGUUUCAAAACUUUCUUCUAUCCUUGCGGUACAUUUUCACAGAUUGCUUCUGUAGCAAAAAACAGACCAGUCUCUUCAGCGGAAGCAUGUAAUGACUUGAUGGCAUAUUCAUUAGUAUUGUCAUGCUGUUGUUACACCUGCUGUGUUAGAAGGAAGCUACGAAACAUGUUCAACAUUACGGGAGGGCUUUGUGAUGAUUUCUUGUCACAUCUACUGUGCUGUUGUUGUGCACUAGUUCAAGAAUGGCGUGAGGUGGAGAUUCGUGGGGUUAAAGGCACUUGGAAGACACAAACCAAUCCACCAGCUUCUCAGUACAUGGAAUUCUAAGCGUCAGCUUGGAGGAGAUUUGUUGCUGUGUAGGUGUAUCUAUCUAAUUGACUGCAACAGAGGUAGCAGUAGAUUGUUGCUGCAUUCCAUGCAUUAGGAUUUGUGACCUUCAAACUUUGGAAAUAGUAGGCCAUAUAUUUAUUAUAACUCUGUUGCUAUCAGAUCGUGCAUGUUAUGGUUGAUGUAACGAUGAGUGCAGCUUUACUGUUUGUUA